AUGGCCACACCCGCACAGGCGGCGCAUCGCUCGGCGCCGCCCAUCCCCGGACUGGUGCUGCUGCCGGACCUGCUGCCUGCCGCCUUGUCUGGCGCCCUGCUGGACGACGUGGCGGCGGCGCAGUACUUCGAUGCCAGCGCCGGGCGUGAUCAGGUGAUGCUCUUUGCGCGCGCUGGAGCUGCACUGCCGCAGUGGGCGGCACACAUGCUCGAGAGCGUGGCGGAGCUGUGCCGAGAGAGACUGGAGCCCGAGCUGUGGACGCUGCUAUUUGACGCGGCGCCGCUCGACGGGCGCACCGACGGAGCAGGCCGUGAGCCGCUCGGCGUCCAAACGCCAGGUGCAGGCGCAGGGCCGUCCAGCAGCGUGAAGGCCCGCCAGCUCAUCCUCAACCUCUACGCGCCGGGCACUGGCAUCUCGGCGCACAUCGACCUGCCCGCGCGCUUCAGUGACGGCAUCCUCGCCCUCUCGCUCGGCAGCGGCUGCGCGAUGGACUUUAGGCGCGGCAGCGAGCAGCGCGCCCUCUGGCUGCCGCCCAACUCUGCGCUCGUGCUGAGCGGCGAGGCGCGCUGGGAGUGGAGCCAUGGCAUCGCCGCGCGAGCGGGGGACUGGGUGUGUGAUGCGAGCGGCGAGGACGACGACGAUCUGUGGGGCUCUGACGAGGAGGAAGAGCAGCUGCGUGAGCGGCUGCUUGCACGCCGCUUGACUGCUGCGCAGGCGCUGCUCGAUGGCCAAGGCGUCUCGAUCAGCUCGGCAGCGGAUGCGAGCGCAUCUGAGGCAACGGCACAACUCGCGCUGCGCCUUUUGAGCGCCCUGCACGCCUCUCUGCAAGCGUUUGAGGCGUCGCGCGCCACAACCUCCACCGCCGGCUCCUCAAAGCGGGCGGCAGAGGCGUUCGCACCGCCGCCGGCACUGGGCGCGCUCGACCUCAAGGCUCUGCACACCGUCGUGGCGCUCGUCGUGGCGUGGAAGAUUGCGCUCGUCACGCGGCGCUACGAUGCAGCCAUGGCCACGCUGCGCGGAGCGCCGGCAGCCAACUCUGCGUCGCGCUUCACCGAGCUGCCUGAUCCCGGCGUCGCGCGAGCCGCCCUGCGCGCGGCCAGGGAUCAGCUGAGCUCUCUCCUGCGGGACGUAUCGCCACUGCUGCCGCCUGCGAUGCUUGCGCGUCCAACAGACGCUUCCGCAUCUGCCCCUGCGAGGCCGCAGCCUAUGAACGACGUCAGCUCGGCGUUCGUGCGCAGCGCCAUCCCCGCGCUGCUUGGCACCUACCUCAGGCUCGGCUGCGGGCCGUUGUGCGUCGAGAAGGGCGAGCUGCGCGAGGCGCAGGCGAGAGCCGAGGCUGCUGCUGCCGAGCGCGACAUGGUCGCUAUUCUGCGCAACCUCUCAACACGCUCAGCCUUGACUGCACUGUCGGGCAGCACGGCAUUGCCCGCGACGCAAACCUCAUCAGCCCGGAUACCAGUCGCUGCAGUGCCGCCCUUCGUGCGCACGGCAACUGCGCGCCUCACGAGCGCUCAGCUGCUGCGGACCGACGGCGUGCGGGCGCUGCUCGAGGCGAGUCUAGGUUCUGCGGAUGGCAGCGACGAGGAUGCGUCAGCACAAGCUGGCGGCAGAGGCAACGCUGGAUUGAAAGCGCUUGAACGCGUUGCACUCUUGCUUACGACUCCUCCGGCUGGCAUGCCCAGCGAGGUAUUUUUGGAGGUUGUCCUCCCGCAGCUCCUGACGUGUCUGUCGACUGUGCCGCCGCAGACGCCGUCCGAAGAGGCGAUGAUCGCCACGCUCGUGACGGCGAGGCAAGCACAGGCAUGCGUCCUUGCACUUCAGCGCCUUCCGACGGCGCUUCUGCACAAGACAAUGCGUCAGCACGCGUACCGCGUGUUUGAGCCGGCCGAGGAGCUCACAAGUGGCUCGAUCGUCGCCUCGCCAGCUCAGGUCUUGUGCGCCGUGUCGUUGCUCAAGAGCAUCAUCGACUACGCGCCGCCCGACCCGGCGUUCAUCUGCACGGUGCUGCGGCCUGUUCUGCCGCAGCUCUUCGUGCUGCACGCCUUUACGGCGUCGGCUGCAGCGGGUAAGCACAGGGUGCGGAAUGCGGACGCAUUGGACGCAGCAAAGGCAACGCGCGAGCUGUUGGGCACAUGGCUGCGUCUUGCCGAGGCAGACGAGGCGGCGGCAUUCCUCAGCGACGGCCGCGACAGUCUGCUCAGGCGCGCUCGCGCGGGCAUCGGCGAGCCUGGCGCGGAAGAGGGCGCCGCGGAGCAGUGCUACUGGGCCGCGGGGCCUGCUGUGCAGUUUGGCCCGCUGCGCAAGCCCACAGCAGACCUCUCUUCUGCGCUCGCCUCGCUCACGCUGUCGCGCGACGCAAUCUUCUCACAAGCAGAGGGCGACGACGACGAUAGGCGAGAAGAACUGCCCUCUGCAGAGCUGCUUGCCAUGAUGGGCCUGCGCCCCGAUCCCGCAGUCAUCGUGCAGCUGUUGCAGUCGGCGCGACGGACCGACGUGGCCGCCCAGCUGCUGCCCAAGCUGUUGCACGCUUAUACUGCAGGAGAGGCACGCAGUGCUGCAGACGGCGACGGGCCAGGCUCGACCAGGCUUGUGCUCCUGCUGCAGCUCAUCGUGCUGCUCAUCGACGCCUUCCAGGAGGACCUGCUGAAGAGCAAGCCGCGAGACGUCUUGAUUUUCGUCGACUUUGCGCUGGGCGAGCCCGUCGCGGAUGCGCUAAAGGAAGAGGCAGAAAAGGAGAAGAAGCCGCUCAUCACGCCAAUGGACGGCGGCGACUCGCUCUUGAGCGCGCCUGAAGGCGAGAGCCUCUUCAGAGCUGCUGCGACGACAGACGACGGCACGCAGCGUUCGGAGCAAGCCGGCGAAGGCAGCGAAGAGCUGCUCGUCACGGCACUCAAUCUAUUGCUCGCGCUACUUGAGGGUCAACCGGACAUGUCGCUCUCUUCGGCGCCACUGCUGAAGGUCAUCGACGCAAAGAUCGCGAGCCAUGUGCGCCACUCAAGCAGCGACGUACGCGCUCUUGCGCGCGAGGCUCGCCUCGUGCUCACCGCCAGGGCCUCGCAAGAGCUCUCGGGCUCGAACGAGGCUAUAGGAAGUGGAGAUCCGCUAGUCGCCGGGCGCAAGAAAGGGCGCGAGACGUAUCAAGAGGCACUGCGGCUGCUGCAAGACCCGAUCGUGCCUGUGCGCGCUCACGGCCUCAUUUUGCUUUCGCAGCUCGUUGCAGCAGGUGACGGCAGCGGCCCGAGGCCGUCGACGCCGAGCUGUGGCUUGAUGGACCCGGCACUCGAGCCCGCGGUCCUCGACAUCUUCAUACAGGCCGUGCAGAACGAUGAGAGCUUCCUCUACCUCAAUGCCGUCAAGGGCCUGGCGAGCCUGGCGAACAGCGGGGGCCGACGCAUGCUCCGCCGGCUCGUCAGCACGUAUGUCGGCGAUCUGCGCGGCGCAGCGAUGCAGCAGACGGAGCUCGAUAUGCGUCUGCGCGUUGGCGAGGCGCUCCUGCAGGUGGUGCAGCGGCAGAGCCAGGCCCUUGCGCAGUACUUGCCAGACGUUCUGGCGCCCUUACUGGCGGCGCUGCGCGAUGUCAAGGUGCCGACGACGCUGCGCUCCUCGGUCAUUGCGCUGCUCGGCACGCUGGUCGAGGCUGUGCCGCUCGACCUCGCUGCGCAAGGGCACUCAGCCGAGCUAGCCUCUGCGAUGCUCGACCUCCUCGCGCUUGAGAUCGUCACCCGCAAGCCCGCUGUGCGGCCGCGCGAGCGUGACGGAUCGGACUCGGACGAUGAGGCGCCCGUCGAGCCUGCAGCGACGAGCACGGACACGAAGCUGCCGCAGCUGCGGCGCGGCGCCAUGCUGCUGCUUGCGCUGCUCGUGCGCGGCACACGGCACCAAAUCGAGGCACAGCUCGAGCAGCGCGCGAGUGCCGAGGACGACGCCGCAAACGGCGGCGGCAGGCUGGCAGGCUUGCGCUUGCCCGGCGGCGGCGCACUGCCUGCGCUCGACGGAGGCCGAGCUCGUAGCGUGGUGCAGCCGACGCCGCUGCUACUUCCAGCGCGCCUGGUCGAGCAGGCGCACACAGUUGCGCAGUUUGCGGCGUCGCGUGACAUCGAUCCGCUGCUGCAGCACCAGGCGAACGAUCUGCGCGAGGAGUGCGAGCUGCUGCGCGUCGCUCACGCAUCGCUCUGA